AAUAGUAAUAUUAUAAAUAUAAUCAAAAUUUUCCUGAUGCAUAGUAAAAACAAGAAACGCCAGCAGAACAGCAGCAGGAAUCGAACCUGUACCCUUUUGGUUUCUUUUUUUUUUUAAUAAAAAUAAAAGUGAAAUAAGAUUGAAGUGUAAAAUGUAUUUUUUAAUGACAUCACUCACUCAACAAUAAUAUGAACUAGACUAAUAUUUAUUUUUGACCUGGCAAUAUAUAAAAAAUGGAAAUAUAAAUUUGUUCCCUGCAGUAGGGUUAAAAAAGGGUUCUUGGGGGACAACGUGGCACCUCUGUAAGGUAAAAAGGUAACCGAAACUGAUAAAUGUGCAACGUAUACAAAGCUUGCUCGCGUUGCUCCACUUGCUUUCGGGUUAUCAGUUGGAGUGACAAGCGGAAAUUAAAGUUGAAAUCGACACGAUUACUUCAUUAGUUGUGUUUGGAAAAGACUACCAAACAAGUGGGCGGGGGAUCAGAGGUCAGAAAGGAGUUGACAAGGUCAUCGCGGGAUGUUUAUACAUUCGGCUGUCGGAGCCGAUUGAUGGAUUGGAUUGUCAGUGGCCAUAACUAACCAAUUAGCAAUUUGCCAUUCGUAGCAGGCAAAGCCAGGCACAUCAUUGAAAGGUUGGAUCUGAUGGGUGGUGUUUUGGGUGGUUUGGGUGGGAGGCAACUCAGGGUGUGGGUGCACCAAGGUGAAACGCAAUCAGAAAUAAGUGAGCCGAGCCAAGUCGAGUUAAACUUGAAGACUUGGACCCAAUUCGAUCAGGUGCAAGCGACAGAAACAGCGAAGGAAACAUAGACAAACAGAGGCCACGUAUUCGGCGCGGGAGUACAGUAAAACCAUAAAAACUGGACAACACGGACCUUUGUUAAGACAAAUUCUUUUUUAAUGACAAUCCUAAAACUGGAUAAAUCAAUGUUUGCACUUACACUCAUGCAAAACCCUCGUUUAAUUGUCAUCUGGGUUGUAAAUAAUGAAAUAAUUUAAUGGUAAACUGUUUUGGGAAAAAUUGUUAUUGGUUUUUAUAUCAGCAAAGCUCUUAUUUUUUGUGUGCCUGAAUUUUGAAUGAAGCUCAUUAGAAACUGUAAAUCUAAGAAGUAUGAAAGCCCAAAGCUAGUAAAUUUUCAUUAAAAAAAAAAAAUAAAUUAAUAAAAAUAUUACUCAAAAUUGUUGUGCCGAAAGUGGAAUUUGACUAGAUUUGACUGUACGUUGAUUAUUAAAUUUGAGUAAACAGUUUUAUAUCUAUAGAAAAUACCUGACCAUCCAGAGGACCUUUUGCUGUACUAGGAUGAGUGUGGAACCCUGAGGAGAUGUCAUUGGUUUGGACGUAGACGAAAGCGAAAGCAAAAGGUGUAGACGCAGACAGAGACGGAGACAGAACUUCAGCGAAUAUGCCAAGGUACGUCAAAAGAAAUGAAUUACCCGAACUAAAAUCACGGGUAGAAAAGUGCUCCAGGCCGAGGGCCGGCCCCCAAGUCGCACUUUACUGCAAAUGCAAAAACUUUAGACAGGGAAUCAAUUGUUGUUACCUUGUUUUAUUUUGCCCAAGACACGCAACAACAAUGGAACCGUCAAAAGGGAGAGGUUAAGAUGGAGAACACGGCGAGAAGAAAAGGAAAUCUUUAUAAUCCUUUGACUUGACCUGAAUUAUUCGAGUCUUAGAGGUAAUACUUUCCUAUCUUUAAAAUAAUUGACUAUAGUUUAAAUAAGCCAAGUCUAUCAACUUGAAAUCUGUAUCAAUAUUUGUUCAGCAAACUUUUCCUUUAUGACUUGCCAAUAUAAAUUCAUAGUUAUACGAGUAAUAAAUAUUACGAUCCUAAAAUUAUUUUGUGGUAGUUAAAGGGAUAUUUUUACUUGCCUUAAUAUUAUAUUUUUGAGAAAGGAAAAAAAAAUGUUUUUUUCUUAUGAAAAUUGAUUUUUAUUUCCGUAGUGUUUGGGGUGGAUUGAGUUGGAAUAGUAAUUAUUAUAACUGCAAAAGUAUUGUUUAAAAAGUAUUAUUAUUUUUAUUUUUUUUUUUGCUACAAAUUAGAGUUUACAUUUUUCUCUCAGUGGCGCGAGUAACUAGCAACAAAUGGGCAGUCGGCAGAUGGGGGCGUGACAGCAACCGUGAAAAGAACUCGAGGAUGACAGUUAUGGGUUACAAAGGCAAGGAUUGAAUCAAAUAAAUAAACGCGCAAGGUUCUCGUCAUGAAGCGCAGCUCACUGGGUCGGAUAUUUGGGGGUUGCCUGGGGAUUUCUACAGUUUAUAUGAUUCGAUUGAACGGGUUGAUGGCUUCUAGAUGGCAAAUGGGAAUGGGGAUAACCUUACCACGUCCACGUCCAUGUCAAGUUUGCAUGCGGCUGCAGGUAAUUCCUCAUUUCACCCGCUUUACAUAAUCACAACAAAUGAACGAGGAAAGGCGACGGAUGGCGAAUCUAUUAGCAUAAGGGCGCAUAAAACGGCGCCGUAGCUGGAUCCUAGCUGGAAUCCAAUAUCCAAUACGGCUACGGCUACGGAUACGGAUUCGUUGAGUCAGUUGCAGUGGAACCGCGAGCCGCGAUGAACGUGUGGAAGGCAAAGGUCCUAACGGAGGUGCCGUUCGGGCAUGUCCUCAUAGUCAGUGGACGCGUCAAGCCCCAUCCAAAUAAAAUAUCUCUGGACCUCACGGACAAUGUGAAUGCGCAGAACGAGAGCGAAACGGUCUUCCUUAAGAUCGAGGCCAAUUUCCGCGAGGGUCAGAUCAUCCGGAGCAUGUUCCAGCCGGGCGAAGGAUGGCAGCAGGAGGAGAUUUCAAAGAAUUGGAAGUGUGACGGACCGAAGAAUCCUCUGCAACCGGGUCAGAGUUUCACUUUCCGAGUGGCCGUACUGCAGCGAUGCUUCGAGAUCUACGUAAACGAUCAGUUGUACGGAUCAUUUGAGUUUGUCAAGUUUCCCAAGCAGAUAAACUACGUGCGGGCUUACGGCGACUUUGAAAAAAUCACCCAGUUCCAUCACCGCAUGCUCUUUCCGCUGGUUUUCCCGAGAACUCUCAUGUGCCCGGACAAAGUGGCCUUCCAGAGCGAUGUGCCCCGGCGAUAUGAAACCGGAACCGUGGUUGCGAUGGAAUGCAUCGCCAAAGGGCCACCGACCACGGAGUUCUCCAUUUGUUUCCAGUGCAACGACACUGGGAGGACAGUACUCCGUUUUCAUGUGAACUUUGACAGGACAACGGUUUCACGAAGCUACCAGCGGGAAGACAACAGCUUCGCUAUUAGUGACGAGGAGACCGAGGGUGAAUUUCCAUUUGUGCGAGGAAAGCUGUUCAAGAUCGCCUUUGGCCUCGGCGAUCGUGCCUUCCUGAUCGCCGUUAAUGGUCAGUACUUCACCUACUACAAUUUUCCGGGACGCCCCUUCUCCAUUUCCACGCUGAAGUGCUUUACCAACGAGGUGGGCGACUUUGCCGUGAGGAGCAUGGAAUACCACUCCGAUUCGCCACUUUUGGCCCGCGUGGAAAAACUAUCCAUCAUCUAAUCGAAGGGGUUUCCUGGAAUCUAAUAAGAUUGUUUCGAAUUUUCGUAGAAUGCUCUUUGUUCAAUCGUUGGCUUUGAUCACCCUACGGCACCAGUUAACUUCUUCUUGUGAGCAUCCAAAUAAAGCAAAGCAGCUCUCCGUA